AUGUUGUCCAUGGCAGUUUGCUUCGCAGCUCUCAGUGCUCUUUUCGCAUGCAAGGUUUCGGCUCAUGGCCAUGUAUCCGAGGUUCUCAUCAACGGCAAAAGCUACUACGGCCACGAUCCCACUAAAGUCCCAUAUGUAACUCAGCCAGAGAGCAUCAGUUGGACGAACGGCGCAAAAGACAACGGCUUUGUCACCUCCACCGCGAGCGCACUGGCGUCUCCAGACAUCAUCUGCCACCUCAACGCAACCAAUGGGCUUCUGACAGCGGAUGUCAACGCUGGUGCGACCAUUACGGUUCGCUGGUCGGACUGGCCUCAAGCGCACUGGGGACCUGUCCUGGAUUACAUGGCGCGCUGUCCGAAUGACGAUUGCACAACGGUUGACAAGACUAAGCUGAAGUUCUUCAAGAUCGAUGAGUUGGGGCAGUUGACGAGGGGAACUGUCCCUGGACAGCCGGGGUAUUGGGCAAAUAACAAACUUCGCGAUGAGGACUUCUCAUGGAACAUCACAAUCCCGGCUAAGCUGGCACCAGGAAGCUAUGUCCUGAGGCAUGAGAUCAUCGCCCUCCACGCGGGAGGUGCAGAGGGGUCAACUCAAAUGUAUCCUCAAUGUAUCAAUCUGAUUGUGAAGGGGGAUGGCACUGCAAAGCCUGACGGCGUGUUUGCGACUGAUCUUUACUCUUCUAAGGACGCGGGGCUGCUGCACAAUGUUUUUGUAGAUGAGUGGAGUGAUGCGAAGUACAUCAUUCCGGGACCUUCGGUAGUCACAUUUUAG